GGAAAGAGCUGGAAAUAGCCCCGAAGAUGGCACUAUAUCCAUGGGUCUGGAUUUGUCUGAUCUGAGCCUUUACCAUUAGAUUCAGUAGGCCAAUAGCGAACAAGUCUUAUUUGGAACUCAUUGCCUUGCUACCCUCGUGUUUGUAGAUCUAGAGGCUAGCCUUAGCUUGCUGCAAGCAAAUAAGCCAUGGCCUCCAAGCAGACGGUGUUUAUGAAUCAAGGAGAAGGGGAGACAAGCUAUGCUCGCAACUCCAGCGCCCAGGGUGGUCUGCAGAAGAGGAUGAAGCCCCUGAUAGAAGCAGCAAUUAAGGACAUAUGCACCUUGUACCCCAAAAAGAUGGUGAUCGCGGACUUGGGAUGCUCCUCUGGCCCAAACGCGAUAGCACUGGUAUCGUUCGCCGUCGAGGCCAUUAAUAACCAGUGUGUUCAGUUCGAACAGCCACCGCCGGAAGUGUGCGUGCUCCUCAAUGACCUACCUGGCAACGACUUCAACGCGGUGGUGAAGGGCCUAGUCACGCUCUCUGAAAGCAACAAGCCUGGAUUAGUGACCGUGGGGAUCAUACCAGGGUCAUUCUACGAGAGGCUCUUCACUAGUGGCUCAGUGCAUCUUUUCUGCUCGUCCAACUGCCAGAAUUGGCUCUCAGAGGCUCCUGAAGAUCUAACGAGGAACUUGGUCCCCGCGUACGAUGUUGAUGAGCAUGCUAGGCAUGAAAGACUCCACAUGGUCAGUGAGGCUUAUGCCCGUCAGUUCAGGAAAGAUUUCACACUUUUCCUAGAGCUGAGAGCCAAGGAAUUAGUCCAAGGAGGCCGGAUGGUUGUUUCUCUGGUAGGGAAGAGUUCUGAUGAUCGCACUCCCCAGUUCCUUCACUUGUGGGAAAUGUUUGCUAAGAUUCUAUGUGUCAUGGCCUCAGAGGGCGUGAUCGACAGAGCAAAGUUUAAUUCUUUCUACGUGCCUCUGUAUGGACCUUCCGACAAAGAGCUGAGGGAGAUCAUCCAAGAAGAGGGCUCCUUUUCAAUCAGUGACAUGCGGGUGCACGACCGUUCAAGCAGUCUGAACAAUCCUAACACCACUGCAAGCUGGGUCGCCAACCAACUGAGAGCCGCGUUUGAGCCCAUAGUUGUGCAGCACUUUGGAGAAGUGAUGGAUGAAUUUGUGAGGACCGCCGAGAGACGCUGGAGCGUGGAGGGAAGCUUGGAGGAGGAGCUGGCGAGAUACCCGCGGGCACAGCUGGUCGUGUCGCUGGCCAAGAAGACAUGAUGAUGUG